AUGAAGCUUGCUUACUCGAACAGAUGUUCACCUUUGAGUGGUCCGUCUAGUAACUUCCACAAGAACCUCAAUAAGCGUUCAGCUGUAGCACCCUUCCGGUGCCUAGCUGCCAUGCCACCCGAAGGAAGCACGAGGGCUGGGAUACUGCCAGUUGUGAAACCACUACGGCGGGUUACGCUAGUGUUGGCGUAG